GGUGAAACCAAGACGUUCCAGAAUAACAGUUCACUUUUGGCUGACGUCGUUUUCGUCGUCGAUCAGAAACCGUGUCUCAACGUGACUCGACUUUCGCUUUUGCUCGCCACAAUCGUUGCUGCCUUGAGAGAGCGUGGCAUCCAGCAAAAUCGUUUGGCUGUUGUUAGUUCCGGAACGUGGAGGUGAAGUGCUCUAGAAACCCAACCUCCGUACGGCUGAUGGAGGACAGAUCUGGUCUCAUCAUAAAGGCAUUCAAUUGGAUCUGGAAGAUUUGAAAUUGACUGAUCAACAAUAUGCAACAUUGGACAUCCACGCAGCUUUACGUUACGUUGUUAAUUAACCGUACAGGGUCGGAACUUUCAAACAGUUUGUUUUGGUUUCGUGUGGCGGAAACAAAUGUCAGGCCAGUUCUUACGCCGAUACUUUGACCUUGUUGAUUGAGAACGACGUCAAACUUCAUCUACUUCAACCGCGUGAUAUCAUAGUGAAAGGCAGAAACAGUUCUGUUGAAUUGAAGAACGUGUUUGGAUUUGACGCCGAAGAAGUUUAUACGGUGCGCAAUGUUCGCAGUCUCAAGGGAGAUCGAGAACUGAGACGCCAGUUGGCUAUGCCCAAGGAUUUCUGCACUCCAUUGGCUUUAGAGACGAACGGCACCUUGUUCGAUAGAAAAAGAUGACACCCGGAAAACAACAGCAGCAAACUAAGAAGUUUAUCGAUAUCUUUGCACGUCGAGUGGCCGCCACUGGUGAACCGAGCCCAUGUCAGCGAUGCGACUGCAUUGGAGAUCGUGACGGAAUUGGAUCUAUCCUCUGCCAGCGUUGUGUUUCUCCCGUUAUGGAACGCCUUGAUAAGGUCUGGGAGCAAUUGGUUUACGAGAAUGAGAUGGCCAAUGCUGCAGAUGUAGAAGAAGUAACAGUUAGUCAGAUCCAAGACACAUUGCUAGAUCCAAUGGACAAGGUCAGCAGAUUCACCACCACACCAAUCACCAAAGUGAUUAAUUAGAAUUUCAAUCUUCUGUAGAAAUUCCUGUAGGUUUCUGUCACCAGUGUGUACUGCCUUAAUUUCUGUUUUUUUAUUUCUUUCUAAAUAAAAAAUUAUCUUCUGGUUAAUCUAAAACAUAUUAUAUCACUAAUACUCCUCCAUUUUUUUACCCUAUAAAUCCGACCGUGUCUUUACAAUCCCAAACUUUUGUAUAUUAGUCGUCUUUUACAAUAUACACAAUUAACAAUAAUAAUUUUCUUUGAUUAUCCUGUUGAGACACUGUUAUAGAAUGGCUAUUUCAAUGACUAAUACACUCUUUCUAACCA